AUGGUUGCCGAGCACCUCACCCUCCGCAACAACACCUCCACUCCAAUUGUCUUGAAGCGCAUUGUGCGCUUCAAGCCGGAGGAAAAGUCAUUUGGUGCCAGCGCCUUUACACUGGCUUCCAAUCUGACCCAGGUUCUCACAAACCAAACGCGCAGCCCAUCUGUUGCCCUCAUCAAGCAUGACAGCCAUCCCUUCGCCGAAGAGGACGAGGACGUCCACCUAGAGCCAUUCGAAACCAAGAAGACCGACCUCCGCGCCUUCAUCGACUCAGAAAAGGAGCGCACGCGUCUGAUCUUCGAGGUCGAAGGCCAAAGAUACCAAAUCCAGACGCCAGUUCCAACAGAGGAAUCAGCAACCAUGAAAGCUCUAGACGAGAACCCCAAAUUCCAGUUCACAGGCGUCUACGUAACCCCAGAAUCCCACCUAGCAAUCUUUUCGUCGGCCAAUCUAAACGCCUGGAUGGGCGAACUCCGCGACGACACCCUCACCUCAGCCCUCUCAAUCCCAGGCACACACAACUCGCCAACCUGCCACAUGGCACCGCCCUCAGUGCGCUGCCAGGCAGUGAGCCCGCGCGAGCAACUUGAGAACGGCGUGCGCUUCUUCGACAUCCGUGUGCAGCCCCAAUACCCAGAAGACGCAGCCCGCGACGAGCUCAUCCUCGUGCACAGCGUCUUCCCCGUCUCCCUGACAGGAAAUAAGUACUUCCGCGACCUAAUGCGCGAAGUAAACGAAUUCCUCGACCGAAACCCAUCCGAGACGCUCAUCAUCUCCGUCAAGCGCGAAGGAUCCGGCAACGCAACAGAUGAGCAGCUCUCGCGCAUCCUGCACGACCAUUACGCCCGCCCCGAUAGUCGGUGGUGGGUGCGGCCCAAGAUCCCGACUCUAGGCGAGGCGCGCGGCAAGGCCAUCCUCCUGCGCCGGUUCAACCUACCGGAGAACCUCAAGGGCGAGCAUGGCGGCAAUGGCUGGGGCAUUGAUGCGGCGUCGUGGAAUGACAAUACUGCCCAUGCGAUGUGCCCCAGUGGCCAGCUUUGUAUUCAGGAUUUCUAUGAGGUCAUGGAGAAGCCGAGUAUCGAGCAAAAGAUCAAGUAUGUCGCGGAGCAGGUCGACCGCGCUAGUUGUUGUUGCUAUCCGUUUGGGGUUCAGCCUGAUGCGCAUGCGACAAGCGCGUUCCCUUACUAUAUCAAUUUCUUGAGUGCUAGUAACUUCUGGAAGACGAAUACUUGGCCUGAGAAGAUUGCUGCUAAGGUUAAUCCUGCUAUUGUGGAUUAUCUUUGUCGGCGGAAGAGGGAUGGGGAUAUGGAUUGUUCGACUGGUAUUCUUGUCACGGACUGGGUUGGUCUGGAUGGGAAUUGGGAUCUUGUGCGUUGCAUUGUUGGUAUGAAUGCCAAGCUGCGCCUGAGACAGCAGUAG